AGCUUGGCAAAAACUGUGAGCCGCACAAACCUAUCCCCGCCAAACUACAACUUUUCCCCACGUCCUCCGAGCAGAGCAGAGCAACUCCCGAUCCGUCCAGCCAGCCAGUCAGCCAGCAAGAUAGCAAGAUAGCAUUCCGCAACAAUGACAGGAGCCAUAGCGCGCAUGCGCACCAUGCGGGGUAAACUCGCCCUCGUCCGCAACGGCUUCGGCGCCGCCAUCAUGCCGCCGGAGGUGAAGCGGCUAGCACUCACGUACGCGGCCAAGAUCAAUGAGGGUCACAUGGGACCACGGAAAUUCUGGCGUCUCUACCUCCCGCGACUGAAAUACCACAACCCCGACCUCCCCAUCGAGGUCGAGCAGCGACACGAAAUCGGCGGGCCCGCGACGCUGACUGUUGAAUUCGCGGGCGACAAAAAGGAAGUCAUCGACUGCCAACACAUCCACGAGAACGACAUUGUGAAGCAGCUGUUUGAGAUGACGCGGGCGAAGCAGCUGCCGAUCAAUGAGGCCGACAGCUUACUGGCCAACGAGUACCUCCAGGAGAGGGACAGGCUGAGGCGCGCGACUAUCACGAAGGAGGCGAAGAGGGCCGCGAAGAAGGAGGAGGAGAGGGUGGGCGGGGGUAUGACUGCGUAAAUGGGUGGGUGGAAAGAUGGAAAGAUGGAUGGAUUGAUGGCAUGGUGUACUAUAGAAGAGUAGAUUCGGGAUUCUGUCGCUUUGGCGAUGUAUGAUACGCUUGUGGAUUGCUGCAAUCGGCCCUUUCCAUCGGCGGUGGACCGGCUGGUCGAGCGAAGCCUUGACUCUCCAUACCUCGGUGGAAGUGAGAUACCAUGACCCGGUCCGGUACCACUCCCAUCAUACAUAGCAAGCACAACUUACAAGUCCUC